GUGCGAGUCUGCGGCCCGGGACCUCGUCCUGCAUCCUUCGUUGAGCCGUGACAGUGUCCACAUCGUGCAGCUCGGAGAUCCAAAUUCUCAUGAGACGGCAAUGUGCUAAGUCGGCGGUAAAAGUGAAUAAAAAUUCCAAAAUGGAGGAUAAGCAAGAUGCGAUAAAUGUUGUUGUGAGGGUUAGACCUGCAGUCAAGGGUCAUCAGAAUGAGGGCAGCAAAGAAUAUUGGAAACCUGUUAAUAACACGUUACAUUUUCUGCCAGAAUCUGGUGAAGUCCCACAAAACAUUGAAUACACCUUUGGAAACAUAUAUGGUGCGGAAAAUUCCAACAAAGAUGUCUACAACUCUGUGAAACCCAUCGUCAAGUCGGCAGUGAAUGGCAUCAACGGCACAGUUAUAGCUUAUGGUGAAUCAUCGUCCGGCAAGACAUAUACCAACAUGGGCGAUCACAAGGAUAAAGGCAUUAUCCCGUUGGCGAUAGAAGAUAUUUUCCGUCUGAUCAAGAGCGACACCAGAAGAAAAUACCUGUUGCGUAGCUCAUACAUCGAAAUUUAUAAUGACAAAAUCAAUGAUUUGCUGAACAAAGCACAGUGCGAUUUGAAAAUUCGUGAGAAUAUCAGCGGCACUUUGACUGUUGAUAAUUGCGUCGAGCAGAUUGUCCGUUCAAGUGACGAGAUGAUGGAUGUCAUUAUAAAAGGAAACCAAAACCGGCAGGUUUUCAACACACCCCUGAACAACCAAAGUUCCAGAAGCCACGUCAUAUUCAAAAUUGUGAUUGAGUCAAUACCAAACGAUGCUCUAUCUGAAGAUGACGAUGUCCUAGUGCAAGUUUCACAUCUGCACUUCGUGGAUAUGGCCGGAUCCGAGAAAUCUGUCGAGACAAACACUGGGGCCAGAUUGAGAGAAAGUCGACAUAUAAAUAGAUCUCUUUCUAUUUUAACUCGCAUUAUACGACUACUUGUCGACAAUUAUAGCCACAUCAACUUCAAAGACGCAGCGUUGACCCAUCUCCUGUCCAACUCAUUGGGAGGGAACUGCAGAACUCUCAUCAUCGCCACGAUUGCAACCACUUCACUGGAUAAUACCGAAUCAACAUUAAUGUUUGCUCAAGCUGCAAAGAAGAUUAAAAUCAAACCACGUCUUAACCAGGUGCUCACCACCGAAGCAAUUAUAAACCAGCUUAAGCACAAGGAGAGGAAAUUGAUUAGUCAACUUAAAUUUGAACGAAAUAAGAAAAUAACGUAUCAUGUAAAUCAACCAUUAAAGAACAAAAUUGUUAAAGAUUUGGAGCACGAUAUCAAGAAUAUCCAGUUAAAAUAUGUUAGAAGGGAUACUAAAGCGAGUACUAGUCAUGGAGCAAGGAACAGAGCAGGACCAUCUACUGCACCGGUUUUACCGGAUGAGUUGCAAGAUGAAGCUGUUGGCCACGAGCUUAUGGAUAUAUCUGAUAUAGCAACAACUUUUAAUGUUCUAAAACACCAUAUGAAUUUGAAUGAUUCUCGAAUGAAUGUUGAACUUAAUAAGCCUGGGCGUAAAUACGAAUCGAAAGGAGUUCAGGUAAUUGAUGCCUACCCUAAAGAUACGAGUGAACCUGGUCGUACCAAGAAAAAGGAGAUCAAAAGGGCGUUGGGCGAUACAAUGGCGAAACUAGAAUUUAACAACUAUGACAUGGAAAUAUCUAUCGAGUCUAUCGUUUCGCUAUAUAAAAUGCGUGAACUUGAAUGGUCAUAUCCGAAGGGUCGUCUUACAUCAAAACCGGAAUUCUUGGAGUUUACUCUUGGUGAACCGUUUCUGAAAAAAACUAAAAGUGUUAAAAAGCCAUGCGAGGAUGUGAAAGUAAGCAGGAAGUUCAAAAUUCGCGAAGAUCGGUUAUGUCUGGAGGCGAAGUUGGCCAUUCUCAAAGAGAAAAAUAAAACAAUAAUGGAAGAGAACGCUGACAUGAAGUUCAGAGAGAGUUUAUGGAAAAGCAAAAUCUUUGGAUCAUCACAGAAACCAAGUGGUUCAUCUGAUGAUUCGAAUAUCAAACCUGAAAAGCGCACAUCAAGAAGCCACGCUUCCAAUAAACGUACUACAAUGGUUAGAUCGCUUUCGUUGCCUAACAUGCACAAUGGUCUAUUGAAAUUCAACGAGGAAAUACGCAAAGAAGAUAAAAAUCGUUAUUUGUCUCUCCAGUCAUUAAACGAUGUACAACCUCCAAAAUAUGAUAGUCUCGUCAAAACCAAUACUACUUUGCAGACGAAUAUAGUACACACUGGAACAGUACGCAAACUAAAGGAAAAAAAUAAUAUGCUGAAGAAUCACGUGCUUGCACUUCAAAUUCAAAAUCAAAAAUUGGUUAAAGAUCACACGGCGCAGGUGAAUUCAAUGAACGAAAACCAUGCGAUCCAAGUUACCUCUUAUGAAAACAUGCUGAAAGAAAUGACCGGAUACAAUGAUAAUGUCGAAAAUGAGCACAGCACUCAUAAGAGACACCACAACACUAAAGGAAAUGAUAAUUCAAAGAAACUAAGUAAUGCUAAUAUCAUAAUCAACAAAAUGAAGGAGCAGCUGAAAUUAAUGCAAGAAAAAUUAAAUUCUAACGAGAUUGACAAGCAAAUUGAGUUGGAAAAAAUGAAGAAUCAUUAUACUGCACAAUUAGCGUCACUCCAAUUGAACAUUGUGAACAAAGAUUGUAAAGAUCGCAUUGAAAUGAAAGGUUUCAAAACUAAGUUGCUCGAGCGCGAAAGAGAAGUGGCUUCAUUGAUGUUGAGAAUUAAUGAGCAAAAUGAAAAGUCCGAACAGAUUUUGAAAUAUUACGAACUGAAAAUCAAGAAUCUCGAGAAGUCUAACAGCGAUUUCUCAGAAGAAGUGACAGUGCUUCAAAUGAAAUUAGACUCUGCCGUUCAGAUCAAUCACAUCAAACAACUAGAGGCUGAUUUAGGUGCGUUGCAGGUUCAAUUGCAGAAGUCCAAGAAGGUGAGUAACGAUGCUUUAUUGGAGGUUACACGUCUACAAGGAUUAUUGGACACUAGCCAAAGCGAUUUGGAAGCAGCAAGCUGUUCACACGAAAACAUGCAGUUGGAGCUGGAGCAAGAGAUUAGCGUGCUGAAAGCUCAAUUGGAAACAGCAAAGAAGGAGCGCGCCGAAGCAGUGGAAGAUGCCAAAAGCGCUCAGGAAUUAUACGAGAUCACAAUGAGAAAUUUGGACGCUGCAAGUGAAUACAGUGAGAAUAUUCAACUAGAAUAUAACAAAGAAUUGAAUACUUUAAAAUCCGAAAUCGAUGAAGCAGUUGAGGGCAAAAGAAAGGUGGCUAUUGAGCUAAGAAAAGCCCGUCAAGAGCACGAGAAAGCUAGUGCUGAGAGAGAUGAGAAGAUUCGCGACAUGCAAGGUUCACUUGAGAAAAACAAUGCGGAAAUAGUAGGCAUUAAAAAAAAGCUUGCUGAAAAAGAGGAGGCUAUACAGAAAACCAAGACCGAUUUAACCCAAGAAUAUACACGUAAAGUUAAAGAAUACGAAAAUGAUAUUAAAAAAGGAGAAGAUUUGAUAGCAUUGAAGGAUACACAGGUGCAUGAUCUUACCACAACUCUGAAAAAAGCAGCUAAUAAAGUUGUAUCACUGGAAAAAAAAUUACAAGAGAGUAAUAAUAACACUGAAGAAAUAUUAAAUGAAGGUUCCAUCCAAUUUCAGCAAGUCGAGGAAGAGCUGAAAAAUAAGCAAAAGCAAUUGGAGGCAGCUGAAAAGGUCAUCGAGAAUAUGAGAAAUAAUCACGUUGCCAAAAUCAGGUACCUCCAAGAAGAAUUUAACGAAAGAGAGGAAAUGUACAAUCGAGAGUUUCGAACAUUAAAUGAGGAGCUGAUUGAUAUGAGAGAGAAUUUUCGUGAUCGAGAGGAUUCCUUAAAUGAACAGAUUUUGUCCAAAGACGAGGAGAUUAAGACACUUAAAGACAAGAUAAAAGAAGAGCAGGAAGAUGAAGAAGAUGAUGUUAAUAAUUACAAUGGUAAUGAUGAUAACAAUGACGACGAUGAUCAUGAUAAUAAUGGAGGUGAUGGUAACAUGGGUAACGGGUCGAUGCAAACUGGCGCACAAGAGGAAAAUGAGCCAACUGAUCAAAAGACCUGUGAGUGCAAUGAUGAGAAAAGAGAUUUGCAGAACCAAUUGUAUGAGACAAGGAAUAAAUUGUACGAUGUUGAAAGAAGCAACGAUGAACUUGAACAAAGUUUCAAGUACUUGUAUGAUAUUCAAAGAACUGAAGUGAUCACAAAGGAUCAAGAAAUAAUUUCGCUUACUGACAAGGUGUCUCAAUACGAGAGGACACUUAUUUCUUCGCAGUUGGAGGUCACUGAUACAAGAAAUAGUGUUGACAUAACAGCAAAUCAAUAUGAGUCGAAGAUCAAUGAACUGAAAGCAAUAUACAAGAAAGAAGAGGACGAUAUCAAAUACAUUGAAAACACUAAUCUUAUUAAAAAUCAUAAGGAACAGAUCGAGAUUUAUGAGAAGAAAUUGAAAUCAGUUAAUUUACACAAUGACCGUAUGAUGCUUGAGAAUUCGGAGCAGGUGAAACUGCUUGAGAAUCAGGUGGAACAACUGCAAUCUGAAUUGACUACGGCCUACAAUGAGCAUGCCAACCAAAUUGAGAAUGUGCGUGCCAUGCAUAGCGUAGAAAUGAGUGCUUUGAUGCAGGCUAAUGACCAAAAGGACUCCUUGAAGAUAAGCAAAUUGAAAGAGUCAUAUGAAAGCAAGUUAAAGGAUAAUAAUUGUGAAAUUGUUUCACUAAAGAAGAAGUUGCAGGAACUUUGUGAAAAAAAUGAAUCUUCAAAGAAGGUUCAUACCAUUACUCAAAAAGAUCUAGCUAAUGCUCUUACUGCAGCUGAGGCAAUGUUGAAAGAAUCGAAUAGUCAGUACCAGCAAUUGGUGGAUAAUCACGCCAAUCAAAUUGAUAAUCUAACUGAAAGCCAUCAGAGCAUAACAGAGAAUAAUCUGAAAAAUGAAGGUCAGGCCAAAGAAUAUUUGAUGAAAAACCAAGAGCUUCAGACUAAAGUUCUUAAUCUCAACGUUCAGGUCGAUACGGUCAGUAGAACUUAUGAGGAUAUGAAUAACCAACACCUCACUGAUAUUACUAAGAUCAAUGAUGAUCAUAAUGCAAUGAUAACGUCUUUGGAGAAUAUCAGAUCUCAAAAGGAAAAAGAAUAUAAUGAAGUCUCUGAAAUGUUAGAGGCUGAGAGAAAAGAAACUCUCAAAUUGAAAGAGGAAUUAAGCAACGCUCUUGAGACUAUAGCUAUAUUGAAAAAGAACAAUAUAACCGAUGAACAGAAGAAGAAGGAUGAACAGUAUGAAUUCGAGUUGGAAGUGUUGAAUUCCACUAUUGUAAACAUUAAAAACAAUAAUGAACAGCAGAAGAAAAUCAUUAAAGAUAUGGAGAAAGACCUCGAGAAUAAAAAUAAAGUGAUCGAGGAAAUUAAAAUAAUAAAUACAAACAUGGAGAAGCGAUUAAGUGGUAUGUUAGAGGAAAUGUCUUCUAACAAUGAUGAGGAAGGAAAGGUGGUAAAUUCUAAUCAGGAAGAGCAAUUCAAUAUUCAAGAUGACGAGGAUAACUUUGAUGAGAUGGAUACUGAAUUACCGUCUGCUCCGGCUGAGGAGACACCACCGCAGGAAAAUGUCGCUAGUGACGUUGAUCCAAAAACAGAGACUUCAUGUGCUUCUUGCAAAAAUACAAUAGCAGAACUAAAAUGUAUGGUCUUCAAAAUAUCUCAGCAUAACAGCAAGUUGAUUGACAAUUGUCACCGUUUGAGAAACAAAAAUCAAUCGCUGCAAGUAAAAAUAAAUGAUAUGAGGAGGAUUUUGGAUAAAGCUAAGAUACAUGCCGAUUCCAUGAAGAAAUCAGAUGAUUCUGAAAAACGCAAGAAUAGUAAACCGGAUGAUGCUAUGAGUGUCACUAACACAGAUGCUCAAAUACUCAAAGCUAAACUCGACACGGAAUAUGCAAAUGCAGAGAAACUGAACAAGAAGAUUAUGGAGCUCCACAAUGCCCAAAAGUUGUACAGGACUCACCUAAAACAACAAACUACUGAUGCCAGAUGGGAAGAAGUCAACGUCUCCAAAGCUUUUCAAGAAGGCGUAAAAGAACGCAGGCAAUCCUUACAUGAUCAACGUAGACAUAUCAAUGCUUGCGACAAAUGCGUACAACGCCUCUAUGAAAUUGAGAAUUACCGCAAAGAAGGCAAGAAGCUAACACAGCUCAACCAAUUAUUGAACGAGAAAUAUAACGAUUUGGAAUCAAAACUCACCGACGUUGAGGAUUCCGACGCUUUGGAAUUGCAGGCCCAGUUCAAUUGCACCGAAGUACUACUCAGAAAUCUAAACAGAUUCAUUACCAAAGGAGCUGAUACAUGCGAACAGUGCACCACGCUCUUGAACUUCUUGUACAAGAAGAUAUUAGCUUUGAGCAAGAUUUACGACAACAACACUUAUUGGUACUUCAAAGCCGAGACAGAUUCACAAACAAUUGAUGAAGUCUUGAAAGUCGUCGAUCGAUUCCAACCGAAAUUAGGCAACGAUUUGGCAAAUGAAGGUAUGGUCAUACUGGAAUCAGUUAAAAAUAAGCUACAGAGAGCUAAGAACGUUUUGUGCAAUAAACGUCGCUACAUACAAAAUUUCCUGGAAAUAUUGAAAAAAGACAUUAACAUUUUGCAACAGAUCUUAUCUUUUCCUGCUGAUAAACGUUGUGUGUUUUAUGAAUCUAAUAAGAAUGUGGCUUUGCUAUUGCUGCAAAUCAAAAAGAGGCUCAGCACUUCUUUGAGAUACCUGGAUGAGACAAAUGUCGAAGAGAAAGAGAGGACUCGCUUCAAAAUAAACAAGAUGGAUGAAUAUAUUACAGAUAUUGAGGAUCAAUUGGUGCGCGACAUGCCUUGCAGCGUGAAUGUAAUGACUUACAACCAGUUGGCUCUGAAAUAUGUCUCAUUGAAGGCACUUAUUAGAUUGAGAUUAGACAGACAUGAUGAUCUCCAAGACAUACAAGAUUACUUGAUGCCACAUGAUGAAAGUUUGUACUCUGUUGAUACUAUCAACCAAAACGUAGCUGAAGCAGCCAGAAUGACUGCAGCUGCUGGCGCCUUUGCAUAUGUCCGUGGUGGAUCAUUCGGACUUCCGACAUCCACCAUAGUUCGUCCUGCUUCAUCUACUAUUGUCCGUGAAGCUCCAUGCACCAUCGUACGUGAGGAUACAUCCAACUCGAUGCAAGAUGGUACUUCCACUUUUACAUUUUGCGAUAUUUCUGAUACCGCUGUAUCACAACCCGAUGCUUCAUCCACUUUGACUCUUCGUGGAUUUUCUAACUUUGAGAGCAGUGCUUCUACUGUCACUGAUCCUGAACCGAUUAUUGAAGCUCCAGCGUCUCCCGUCUUUAUUGCUCCAUUAGAUGUUGCUUCAUCUACUGAUGCUGAUCCUACAAAACCUAAAAGCGACGAUCCUAACAUCGCUCAGGUAAAUAACAAGUAUUACAUAACCGAUGAUGAGGUUUAUGGUUAAACACUUAAGCACUGACUAAUUAUAAGUAAGUACUUACAUAUGACAACAGAUAAACAUAUAUAUUUUGUUAUUGUUUUAUUUUAUGGAUGUAAAUGUAUUCUAUAUGUACCAAUGUAUUCUAUGUGUAUAGAUGUUAUUUAUUUGUACUAAAUGUAACUAAGCAUAUGAUCGAAGUAGAACUUUAGAGUUAGUUAGAACAUAUAAUUUAAGUGUAAUUGUCGUAAGCAUUAGUCAACUGAUGCACAUAUAAAUUAAGUAUUUCAUUAUUUAUUACUAUAUGUUUCAUUGUAAUUCAUUGGAGCCAAGAGAGUAAGACAAAUUAUGUGGAGAGUUUUUGAAGUUUUAUCAAUUGUAUCAUUUCAAAUAACUGGGGCUCGUUGCAUAAUCUGAUUUACAAUUAAAAACACUAAGACUAAACAGGCAAUAUUAUUGAAUGACAUUCAAUGAUAUUCGCUUAACUAGUUAUACAUAAAAUUAAAAGCUUCCUUGACGUAGAAUUUAUAUAACCGAAGAUAAUUAGUAAUUAAUGAAUGUGUGAAAUGUAGUUCUAAGUAAGAUAGUAUUUAAGAUAACUGACAACAUAUAGCUCAGAUAAUUAUAAUCAAUGUCUCGUUCUAAUUAAAUCAUGUAUGUGCACUAAUGAUGAUUGAUGUAGCACAUGUGUUAAUUAAUAACUAGAAUUAAUAUAUUUUGAUCUUCAUAUGAACAAGUUGAUUAAUUAGAAUUGUGUUAAUUGUAAGGUAGUUCUUAGUAUAGUUUUAAUUUCAUAUAUUUUCUUUUAAUCCAUUAUCGAUAAACAGUUAUAUAUAACUGAUUAUUUUAAACAGGACAUGAAUUCACAAAGUAGUUGCUACUUUUGCAGAUUUGUACAUCAGCAAUUGUAGCAG